GCGCUGUUCGCCUGUCAAUAAAGCUUGAACAAGCGCCGCGCCGGAGCUGCCGUUUUGGUUGUUUUUUUUGUUUUUUUUUUUACUCUGUGGGUUUUUUAAUUUUUCUUUUUUUUUUUCCUUUUUCCUUCCCCAUUUUUUUCUUUGAAGGAACUUUAUUUUCCCCCGCGCGUACGGGGAUGCGCUGAGGCCUCUCCGCCCGGCCCGGCCCGGCCUCGGCAUGUCGGGCAGCCGCCCGCCGCACCCCACCGUGCCGCCCGCCGCCACACCGGCUUCUUCUUCCUCAUCAUCCUCCUCCUCCUCGGCGGCCAUGGCCCCCGGCUCGUCCUCCUCGGGCGGCGCAGCCGCGCGGCCCGUGCUGGUGGCGGCCGCCGUGUCGGGGUCGGGCGCGGGGCUGGCCCGGCUGACGGCGGGGGCGGCGCGGCCCGGCGGCUCCUCCACGGCGCCGGGGGGCGGCGGCAGGAAGAGGCCGCUGCUCACUCCGCUCUGCAACGGGCUCAUUAACUCCUACGAGGACAAGAGCAACGACUUCGUGUGCCCCAUCUGUUUUGACAUGAUUGAAGAAGCCUACAUGACGAAAUGUGGACACAGCUUCUGCUAUAAAUGUAUUCACCAGAGCCUGGAGGACAAUAACAGAUGUCCCAAAUGCAACUAUGUUGUGGACAACAUAGAUCAUCUUUAUCCCAACUUCUUAGUUAAUGAAUUAAUUCUUAAACAGAAGCAAAGAUCUGAGGAGAAAAGACUCAAACUGGACCAUUCAGUGAGUAGCACCAAUGGCCACAGGUGGCAAAUAAUUCAAGAUUUGUUGGGAACUGAUCAAGACAAUCUUGACUUAGCCAAUGUCAACCUUAUGCUGGAGCUACUGGUGCAAAAGAAGAAGCAGCUGGAAGCAGAGUCUCAUGCUGCCCAAUUGCAGAUCCUUAUGGAAUUUCUUAAAGUUGCCAGGAGAAACAAACGAGAGCAAUUGGAGCAGAUCCAGAAGGAGCUAAGUGUUCUGGAAGAAGAUAUUAAACGAGUAGAGGAGAUGAGUGGCCUGUACUCCCCAGUCAGUGAGGACAGCACAGUGCCACAGUUUGAGGCUCCUUCACCUUCACACAGUAGUAUUAUUGACUCCACUGAGUACAGCCAGCCUCCAGGCUUCAGUGGCACUUCUCAGACCAAAAAACAACCAUGGUAUAACAGCACGCUCGCCUCACGACGCAAGCGCCUCACAGCUCAUUUUGAGGACCUAGAGCAAUGCUAUUUUUCUACCAGGAUGACUCGUGUCUCAGAUGACAGCAGAACCACCAACCAACUGGAUGAGUUUCAGGAGUGUCUAUCCAAGUUCACGCGCUACAAUUCUGUCCGACCGCUGGCAACGCUGUCUUACGCUAGUGACCUCUACAAUGGUUCCAGCAUAGUAUCCAGUAUUGAGUUCGACAGAGACUGUGACUACUUUGCCAUUGCUGGAGUGACAAAGAAGAUUAAAGUCUACGAGUAUGGUACAGUCAUUCAGGAUGCAGUGGAUAUUCACUACCCUGAGAAUGAAAUGACCUGUAAUUCCAAAAUCAGCUGUAUCAGCUGGAGUAGUUACCACAAGAACCUGCUUGCCAGCAGUGACUAUGAAGGUACCGUCAUCCUUUGGGAUGGAUUCACGGGACAAAGAUCCAAGGUCUACCAGGAGCAUGAGAAAAGGUGCUGGAGUGUGGACUUCAAUUUGAUGGACCCUAAGCUUUUGGCUUCAGGCUCUGAUGAUGCCAAAGUGAAACUGUGGUCUACCAACUUGGACAACUCAGUUGCAAGCAUUGAGGCCAAGGCUAACGUGUGUUGUGUCAAAUUCAGCCCAUCUUCUAGGUAUCACCUAGCUUUUGGCUGCGCAGAUCAUUGUGUUCACUACUAUGACCUUCGCAACACUAAGCAGCCCAUCAUGGUAUUCAAAGGGCAUCGCAAGGCAGUCUCCUAUGCAAAAUUUGUGAGCGGGGAAGAAAUCGUCUCUGCGUCAACAGACAGUCAGCUGAAGCUGUGGAAUGUAGGCAAACCUCACUGCUUGCGCUCCUUCAAGGGUCACAUCAACGAGAAGAACUUUGUAGGGCUUGCAUCCAACGGAGACUACAUUGCCUGUGGAAGUGAAAAUAAUUCCCUUUACUUAUACUAUAAGGGCCUCUCAAAGACACUGCUGACGUUCAAGUUUGAUACAGUCAAAAGUGUCCUGGACAAGGACCGGAAAGAAGAUGACACAAAUGAGUUUGUGAGCGCGGUGUGCUGGAGGGCACUUCCGGAUGGGGAGUCCAACGUGCUUAUUGCUGCUAACAGUCAGGGUACAAUUAAGGUACUGGAGCUGGUAUGAAGGGUUUUCUCUCAAGGCAUGAGGUACUUGGUCCUGCUGAUAUGCUACAGUAUUCAUCUGGGAAUCACAGUGGGACAAGAAACCAAAACCACCUUGAUGUUCCUCCCCAAAAUGAUCAUGUUUGGGUUUUUUUCCAUUUAUGGACUUUCUAGGACAUUUUGAGACACUGGUAACAUCAGUGAACUGUCUACCAUCAACAUUAACUCCACAGAUUUUGCUGGUGGUGGUGGUAUGGUUGUCUAAUUUUUAUGAUAGGAAAACAAAUUCUUUUAAAUAAAAACGAAAAGGAAUAAUAAAAUUUAUUGAGCCACAAGUUGAAGCUGGAAGAUUGUCUUGUUGAAUAAGAGAACAGAUUUACUUGUGAAGGGAGCUUAGUUGAACAUCUCCAGUUACUUUCAUCUGGACUCUUCUUCAUCCCCACUGGAAAAAGAAAGUCACUAAGCCUUACCUGGACAUGCAAGCAAAUUCACUUUGAAAUCCCAUCAUUGUACAGUUCUGUUGUUCCUUUGAUUUAUUAAUUAUUUUUUAGCUACAUGAGUUGAAAAAUGUCACCAAGGUUGACACCACUGGAGACUGAAAUCCUCUAGUCAUCAAGAAGAGAAGGACACCCACCCCUUCCUCCUCUCCUUAGACCGCUUCCUUGCCCCAAAAGGGCAGUUCCAAAGGAGAGGAUUAAGUUGUCCUUCUGUCCAUGUGGGCCACUUGCCACCGGCAACAUGCUGAGAUGAGGGGCCUGCAAUUCCUGGGACCUGGACUGACCUUGCCAAGACAUCGUGGGAUAAAGAUCUGCCUUCCACUGACCUGGCUGUGUUUUACUAUCUCAGCUAGACAAGGAAGCAUCUCCAUCGAGUUACCAAAGCCCUGCACCACUCAAUUGCCUGUGUGGUCUGGUUGUGUUUGCCCCUCUCUGCACACCAUGAAGUCAAGCAUUUUGAAUGUUGUAAUAAGAGAGGGGAUGGAGUUGGUUUGUAACGUGUUUCAGAGCCAUGAUAUAAGUAGCCUUAUUUUUAAUGAUCAUGCAUACACUUAAUUGUACAUACGGAGGGGGAAUAAACCAUGAAGCUGA